UACUAAGUAUAUUAUUUAGGUAAUUAACAAGUGGCUAGAAGUCAUUUUAAAUCUACAAAUUUUCUAAUGGAUUUUCAACGUUAGGAUGCAGAUCUAACUCUGAAAUUCUUUUUAAGCUUCUAAACUUUUUAAGACCUUCCUCUGAGACAAUAUUCAUUCUUCCCAGACUGCCUUUUAAGGCUACCGUAUUCUGUAGCCUAAGGAAAGCCGCCUUUCACCAUCUCCUUCCUAGUCUGACCAAAGCCCCACAUUUACAGGCUUAUCCUGAAAUUAACUUUUUGAGAAGUGAAAAUGUGCUGAAUAUCCAAUUUAUCAUUGAAUUGUUUUGGAAAAGCCAUUAUUAACCUUGCUUACCUUUUAGAUACAUUUGUAAAAUAGGGGACAAGCUGGUAUAUAAUGGUAGAAAUUUUAUACAUAUAUAAUAAAUAACGUAAAAUAAGUAAAUGCAUAUUUAUGUGAAGAGAUCCAGGUCUCAGUGGUUUGCUGACUUGAGUUUAAAAUUCCCAUUUUGAACAUGCAAAUGAUAUUUAACUUGUGUUUUGUCUAGAAGCUUCAUCAGUUGCUUGUGCGCUGGGGAACUAAGAACUCAGUUGCUGGUGACACUUUUUCAGAAAAUCAGGGUGUUCCCAAAGUCAAACUGCUUCAGAACCCCUGGAUAUAAAUGUUUGGGACAGAGAAAAGAGAAAUUUAAACUCUAAAGUUGGUCACGGAAGGUGGGCAUUUUUAAAGCCCUUGUUUUCUGUCCUGGGGGAAGCAGUCAUUAGCGUAGAAGAAUGGGACCGGCAGGCGCGUGUCUCCUCAUCACAAUCCCAUUGGGCUUCUUGCUGCUAAGAGCUUUCUUGAGGGGGCAAGCGCUUGGUUCUGCGCAGGGUAAACCCCAGAAGAAGAGCAGCGGCUCUUCUAGAUCAGACGGAUCGAAACAGAUCUUAGCCUCAGUUUACAGCUGGAAGCGUAAUGCCCCGCCCUACUCUGUGCGGAGACCCUGCCACUCAGCCUUUGCGUCCCAGUUUGGGGCCAGGGUCUAUCCAGGGUCCUGAUCGCUACUGUGUGAGCUUGAAGGAGCCUCUGCUUUUUCUCGUUUUAAUUCUUUCGCGGUGGGAAGUGCGCCAACAGUUCUCUCCCCUUCCUUGCAGACUUGGGGACAAGGGAGGGAGUUUAGAAAAAUCAGCAAUAAAAUGGCACUACUCGGUACUGGAGGAUGCCCCCAACUAAGGAAAAGUUCUUUAUGGAGCCCAAAGCCUGGAUUUCUGUCUGUCAGAAUGGGCCUCCCCUUCAGGGAACCAUUUCAGGGACCAUUUCAGGGACUAGUAGGUGGUUCUGGGGCUGGUUCCCACAGCACUACUCCAGUUUGCUCUUUGGUAGCCAUAGUGCUUUUCCCUGUUUCUUGCUCUUUAGCGGGAAGUAGCAAACAUCAGCCCAGAGCCAGAGUAGCUAAUGCUGGGUAGAACGGAGCCCUUGCUAAAAGAAAAAGCAAGCUGUGAAUACUUCGGAGGCAGGUUUGCUCAGGAGGUGAAGGGAUAUAUUAGGGAGCUUUGAGGGCUCAGGUAUUGACAAGGUUUAGGUCCUAGACUUAUCUGGGUUUCGUGAUCCUUAGUCCUCUCCAGCCCUUUCUUUUCCAGGAAGCUUGCACAACUGUGGUACUCAGCUGUCUGUGAAGCUGAAUGAGGGAGGGAAGACUCCUUACUUUGGGGGUUGAGGGAUGUUGGGUGGGAAUGGCACCCACAGAUGGGACAGAAACACUCUUCUAAGGAUGGAGGCAACAAUCCAUGUUUGAGAAAGCCAGGAGUAAGGCUGUGAUGUCUAUUCCCUGAGCCCCCUGCAGAAGGUGAUAAGGAGAAUGUAGGGGUAAUGGCAGGGGUUCUCCUGGAGAUAGGCCUGAGCUUCCCCACAACUCUUAGAACUGCAGACUGCAGGGAGGGAGUAUGAGCGUUUGCUAUAUAUGUAGGAGAAGGAAAACAGGCCCUAGAUUAUGCCUUAGAUCUAGGAAGAAAGAAAUCCCUUCUUUCCGAGUCUCUUUCUGAGACCAGAGACCCCCUUUAGCUGUCACUGUCCAAAGAUUCAUUGGUUAAUUAAUGGUUGGUAACCUAGCUGUCUACCUAAAAAUCACUAAUCAUGUAAUGCUUUACUUUUUUGAGAGGUAGGGGCUCUCCUGGACACUAAGGAGUUUCUGGGAGGAGGGGUAAAAGGGGCGAGCGAACCUGCGUUAAUGAAACCCGUAAGGAAGUGCGUUUCCCAGGAAAUUCCUGACAUUUUUAGCUCGUGAAUUUACUAAAUCUUGCUUGGUUUUCUCCUCCAUUCUGGGUCCUUCCAGAGGGGAAGAAGAGUGGGUUAGGGGCUGAAGGCUUGGCAGGGCCUGGUUCAUCCGCAGAGCUGGCCGGCAACCCAGGCUGGGCUCAGCCUUGAGCAGGGUGCCCCCCUUCCCCAAAUCUCGGAAGGAGGAGGGGGAGGCAGGCGGGCAGUUGUGGUCCCACUGGGGGCUGGUUGAAGGUUUUUGGGUGAACGUGGGGUUUCUUUUUGAUUGUUGCUUGGGGGGAAGGGCAAAGCCAACGAGAACAGGCACUGCGGGCACCCCGGCCCUGGUGCGGCUGCCGUCCUCUGCUUGGCUCCCCCCGCCGGUGAGUGCGCCCGCCCGCCUGCCCGCCCGCCCGACUGUGCGGGGCUGCGGUUGGGGGGAGGGGGGAGCGGGAUCAUCUGAGGCCAGAGCCGCUGCCGUGCGCUGGGAGGGGGAAGCGGCGGGAGCGAGGGGAGGGACGGGCUAGGUGUCUGCUGCUCCGCGCCACUGCUGCCGGCGCCCCGUCCUCAUCCUAGGCAGCCCCUUCUGCAGCUAAGGGUUACCGCCGCACCACCUCUCCUGUUCCUUGCCCGCCUCUGCGGCCAGGGCUCUGCGAUCUCGCGAGAGUGGCUGACUGGCUGUGGGGGUUGCGGCGGCAGCAGGCGGAGCCGGGGAGGGAAAGCAGCGGCGGCUGAGGCGACUGAGGCGGCGGCGGGCGGAGCGGCAGGCGGCGGCGGCGGCGCGGCGGCGGAGCGCAGCAUCAUGGCGGACCGAGACAGCGGCAGCGAGCAGGGUGGUGCGGCGCUGGGCUCGGGCGGCUCCCUGGGGCACCCAGGCUCGGGCUCGGGCUCCGGCGGGGGCGGUGGUGGCGGCGGGGGCGGCGGCGGCAGUGGCGGCGGCGGCGGAGGGGCCCCGGGGGGGCUGCAGCACGAGACGCAGGAGCUGGCCUCCAAGCGGGUGGACAUCCAGAACAAGCGCUUCUACCUGGACGUGAAGCAGAACGCCAAGGGCCGCUUCCUGAAGAUCGCUGAGGUGGGCGCGGGCGGCAACAAGAGCCGCCUCACUCUCUCCAUGUCAGUGGCCGUGGAGUUCCGCGACUACCUGGGCGACUUCAUCGAGCACUACGCGCAGCUGGGCCCCAGCCAGCCGCCGGACCUGGCCCAGGCGCAGGACGAGCCGCGCCGGGCGCUCAAGAGCGAGUUCCUGGUGCGCGAGAACCGCAAGUACUACAUGGAUCUCAAGGAGAACCAGCGCGGCCGCUUCCUGCGCAUCCGCCAGACGGUCAACCGGGGGCCCGGCCUGGGCUCCACGCAGGGCCAGACCAUUGCGCUGCCCGCACAGGGGCUCAUCGAGUUCCGCGACGCUCUGGCCAAGCUCAUCGAUGACUACGGAGUGGAGGAGGAGCCGGCCGAGCUGCCCGAGGGCACCUCCUUGACUGUGGACAACAAGCGCUUCUUCUUCGAUGUGGGCUCCAACAAGUACGGCGUGUUUAUGCGAGUGAGCGAGGUGAAGCCCACUUACCGCAACUCCAUCACCGUGCCCUACAAGGUGUGGGCCAAGUUCGGACACACCUUCUGCAAGUACUCGGAGGAGAUGAAGAAGAUUCAAGAGAAACAGAGGGAGAAGCGAGCUGCCUGUGAGCAGCUCCACCAGCAGCAGCAGCAACAGCAGGAGGAGACCGCCGCUGCCACCCUGUUGCUGCAGGGUGAAGAAGAAGGGGAAGAAGAUUGAUCAAACUGAAUGGAAAAAACCCACACACACAUGCAUACACACACACACACACACACACAACCACACACAGAAAAUAUACUGUAAAGAAAGAGAGAAAAUAAAAAGUUAAAAAGUAAAAAAAUAAAAAAUAAAAAAAAAAAUAACUGUUAACUCCAAGGGAGCACCACCCACAGAACCUCCACCAACUGACAGUUUCUCUUCUUGACUUGCCACCCAUCGCUGGAUGUUGUCCACUUUAUCCACCAUAUAAAACAGUAAGCAGCUGCUAAAAACAAAAAACAAAAAAAAUACAAAAAGUAAUAACAUUAUAUGAACUGUGUUUCCUACUUGAUUAAAAAAUAUAAAGAACUGAGUGUUUAUUUCCCUAAUUAACCAAGAACUUUUGUACACGUUUAAGCUAUUAUUAUUAAAAGUGUUUGCAAAAUGGUCAAGAUUAUAAUAUUGCUGAAUUAUAUAAAAGUCCUUUUCAUGUUGAGCUAACAUUUGACUUUAGCACAAAAAAGAGAUAUUUUAGAACACGUAAAAUAAUAUUUUUAGUUUUUCUCAUUUUGUUACCAAAUUUCAAACCUUACAUGGAGGUUAUUAUAGUAUAUUUGACACCCUAUAUACCUGUGAUUAGAGAUGUGUAUAUAUAUGAGGGCUAGGCAUGCUGUGUGUCUGAGCUUUGUCUAAAUGUUAUGCAGAAGUUUGUAGAGUUAAAGGUACGUAGGUUUAAUUCAUGCAAGGUAAACAAUAAGUGCUCUCUUUUAUACAAUAUGCAUUGCAUCUGGACCUUAAACAUAUAAAAAUGGUCAGUGAAACUUCUGUGAACAUGAAGAAAUUAUUAAAAAAGGCAUUUAAAUGAAAUUUGCUAAGUUGUGAUUUUUACGGUUGGAACCAAAGUUAUUCAAUAGUCAAAGGAAAAAGAGGAAAGAAAGAAAAAGGAAAUCUCCCAUAAUAUUUUUCUGCAUCUGUUUGCUUUGAUUGAGUAGGUGUUUUGUCAUUAUUGUGUAUAUGAGAUGUAUCGUUCAUAAUAUAUUUUUUUUAUUAUGUGUAGAAAGAUUUUAAAAACUUAAACUAACGUGCAGCAAUUUCCAGUGAACCUGUACUUGGACAUCAGGUAGCAAGUCUAUUUGUGGUCACUAGCACUGUCUCCUAAACUAGUAAGAGGUCUGAAGCUAUUCUUUGAUUUUUGCCAGUGCUAUUAACUUAUGUAGACCUGUUAAAAAGCAGAGCAACACAAUUAUAGUUAUCCUACUGAGCCAUGGAUUCUGAGUUUCAUUUUAAAAGUGAAAGCCAAGUUGGUAUGUGUAAAGGAUUUCCAUGUAGCUGUGGUGCUAGUUAUUACUGGCUACAUUAUAUGCUAAGUGUAUUUGUGUUCCCCAAGUGUACAAGCCUUCUAUCAAAAGUAUGUUCUAUAACUCAUAUAUUCAAGGUGUAGGGUAUGAAAAUGCAAAGCUUAGGAGAGCACUUUACCAGGCUGGUGUCCUCCAAACUGAAAUUGUUUGUAUCGAUAGUCUUUUACAGGUUUUCAUUUAAAGAUGUUCGUGUGCUUUUAAUUGACAACUAACUUCUUGCUGCUGUAUAGUAAAAUAUUAAUAUAUUUUUAUCAUUAAACUGCUGCAUGACUAUCAUCUUUGAGUGAAGAGAAAAUGUUAUAAAAAAGAUGCCUUAAACAGUACAUUUUGGUUUGGAAUUCUGUAGAAAGUAUUUUGGUUUAAAAAAAAAAAAGGAUCUUGUCUGCUAUAGAGAGUUCUGGGGAUGGAAUUGUUUCUUGGCAAAUCCAGCCAUAUAGAUCUUACUGCUGUAUGUAGAAGACACCACCUGUAGGAGCUGGAAGGUAUCAGUGCUUCUCACAUUGUAAAGCAUUGGCCUAGGAAGGUGAAACAGUUGUCUUUUUGAAGGAUUUUUUUUUCUGCUGGUUCUUUGGGUUUUGAUUUGAUAUUUUUAAGCUCCCUGGUUGAGUGUGUUGUCUUUGUUUUUGAGAUCUACUGUAUGUGUUGAAUAACAAGCUAUUUCCAUUGUACUGUGCAUUUUCCCAUUAAAUUGUUUGCUUUUAAUAUUCAUACAAUGUUAAAUAUGAGGUGACCGUACAAUAGUUAGGAAUUUCUUUACUUACAAAAUCACUGGAAAUGAUUAAAUUGCUUUUCCCUUUCCCCCAAGGUGCAUUUUUCUUAUUUCCAUAUAGUAAAGUUGAGCUUUUACAGUGCAUAAUGUGACAUUUGGAAUGCUUAUCAACUGCAUGUAAACAUUAAUAACCUGCACUUUUUUGUCUUAAGGUUUGUUGAGCUGUUUUGUUCACUGUACUUUUACUGUGAUAUGGAAAAGACUGCAUUCUCUGUGCUGUUACUAGUUAGGAAAGAGAAUUGCUUUGAUUUUGUCUCUUGUUUACUAUAGCUUCUUAAAGUUAAGCCUUGUACUACAGGUUGUUGGAGUACUCCUAGAUCAGUGUUUCAUAGUAGCCAGCAAUAAGUAGUGCAAGUCAACAAAAACACAGCAAACUUAGGCAAAGUGUCCUUUAUUUGAGAUGCGAGUUCUUUCAUGAGGUUUUCUUUAGGGUCACUGUUACCUAAAGUGAAACCUUUCUUACCUACAGACUUCAGAUUCUGCUUGGAAUCCUACCGGAUCAAUAAGCACAUGUAUUGUGCAAUUGUCUUUACACUAUAACAGUUAAACACAAUCUUACUAAGAUUUUGAAACCAGUGUCUGAUUUAUGGUCAUUGGGUUUAAAAAGAAAUCCACAUGCAAAUAUUUUAAGACUUAAGAGGUGAUCUUAGAAAAGACUAAGUGACUGUAAAGAUGCUCUUUUUUGCAUCUCACUUUACCUCCCCAAGCACCCUCCCAACCUUUCCUCCCUCUACUGUUUCAUCCUUUCCCCACCCCUCCCCCCAGGUGCUCGGUACUUUACCAAGGUUCUAUAUCUCAGUGUUUUAUGUUGGAGUUUUUCCUUGUUUUUUAUUUUACUAGUUGGUAAACCCUGUUUGUGCUGAAAUGAAAAAGGAAAUGGUAUAUUUGACCAUAUGUGUUAUUCAUAGAAGACAGUAUGAUCAAAUGUGCCAAAAACAAGCAAACAAAACUUAAUUCCUGACAAGUAUGCCUUAUUUUUAAUGAUCUGCUUUGUCUUACAAUUAAGGUCCAAGAGCUUGGUUAAACUAUAUUAUUUGCCUAAGUAUAAAAGAAAACUUGAAAUGCAUUGCAAUAUUGACGUUCUUUAAAAUGAGAGACACUGUCAAGUAAUUUAAUCCAGAGAUCAGCCACCAGAUUUGAAAUGCCCAUAUAUGUGUGUAUGUUUGGUGUUGUUCGUUUUUUUUUUUUUUUUCUUUUAAAUCACCAAAUCUUUUUUUAAGCUACUUUUUAUUUGUGCCUCCUAUUUAUCAUGCUGAUGUUAGAAGCAGCAGUCAUCCAGCCACAGAGGGAGCUAAAGUUAACUAACCAGAACUGUAGAAAUCAUUAUACAUGCCUUUGACAACAAAGGAAGUUCAUAAGAAAAGCCAUGUCGGCUUUUCCUCUACUAGAUACAGACUGAAGGUAGAUGAAUAUUUGCCAAAUGGAAAAGAGAGACAAUGUGAGUCAGGAAAGACAAACUUUCCCAGCUUCCUAAAAGCCAUGGAGAGUAGAAACCAAAACCCAACAGUGAAAUAAAAACCUUGAAAGUCUCACUUUCUAGUCCCAUGCAGGGGUUGAAAUUUGACUCAAAGUGGAAAAUAUAUCGAUGUGUUUUUUAGGUCUUCACAUCUAGAGAUGGAUAACUAUUCCAAUUUGAUUGUUCAGGUAAUGGAGAAAGCUGCUAGUAAUUUUAACCCCUGCCUAAAGAAGACAUAAUUUCAUUUGGGAGCAAAUACUUAUUGCCUUGAAAAAUAGCACUGUAAUAGCCUAUGAUAAUUAGUUGUAGAAUAACCUUUAUCCCUUUUAAACUAUGCAAAUUAUUAAAUAAGUGUAAAUUAGGACUCAAUUAAAGAUAGUUGAUUAUAUUGCAAUCAGAUGGCAUUCACAAACUUAACUGGAGCAUAUACAAAUGAAAUCUAUUAGUCUAAGAGUUUUGUAUGCUAACAGAAAAAUAUAAUUUAGCUACCUAUUCUAAAAAUGGUGAAUAUUAUUAAUAUUGUAUAAUAGGACUGGGAAGACUGCCUCCUUUUUUGAAGAGAGAGAGAUUAAGGAUUUUUAUAAUUGUUUUUCAUCAAAUUUUAAUAUUUUUGUCAAAUUUUUAGGUAUUUAAUUUGUAAAACAGUUUGCUUUGUACUGGCAUACAGAAAAUAGGGUAUUGAUUUUAAACUUUUUGAAGCCAAGUGAUCAAGUACAUUUGUAAUAAAAGUCAAUGGAUAUA